AUGACAUCACUAGAAGAUCCAAAUGGACAAGCACAAGCAACUUAUUUUCAAGAGUCAGUUUCUACAACUGGUAAUUCAACUCCAACAGUAACACAAUCUAAUGAUCCACAGCAUCAUCACCACCACCAACAACAACAACAACAACAUCAUCAUCAUCAUGUUGGUUCAUAUUAUCAAGAUUCACCAAGUUCUACUUAUACAUAUGAAGUUGAAGGAGAUUAUCUAGAGAAUCAUCCUAAUGUUACUUCCACAUCAGCAGAACAAGGAACAGGAACAAUGCCAACAUAUGUUGAUAAUGAUAAUAUUCAUGGAGGAGUAGGUGUGGGAAUGGGAGUAGAAACUGAAGAAGAAGAUGAUGAUGACACCAAUGGUGCUUCCAUUGGCAAUGGUUCUGGUAGUGGUGGUGGUAGUGGUGGUGGUGAACAACCAUUUUAUGUUAAUGCUAAACAAUAUCAUCGAAUUUUGAAAAGACGAAUUGCUCGAGCUAAAUUAGAAGAAAAUUUAAAGAUUGCUCGUACUAGAAAACCAUAUUUACAUGAAAGUAGACAUAAACAUGCCAUGAGAAGACCUCGUGGUCAAGGUGGAAGAUUUUUAACUGCUGCUGAAAUUGCUGAAUUGGAGAAAGCAAAACAACAACAGCAACAACAACAACAACAACAACAACAACAAAAUGAACAAUCGAAUCAAGAGAAUAAUAAUGAGAAUGGGAAUGAAAUCAAAAAAGAAAACCAGCAUGUUGAUGACAAUAAUGAAAUCAAGAAUGGCGAUAAUAAUAUUAAUAAAGAAAAUAUAAUUGAGAAUAAUAAGGAAGAAAUAGAUCCAAAUAAUGUGAUAAUCAAGAAAGAAAACAAUAAUAAUGAAGUUAAUCAUGAAAUGAAUAAUAUUGAGAAUGAACAGUCAUCAAAUGAAGAUUUUAAUCAAAACAAUAACAAUAACAUUAACAAUAACAAUACUACCAUCAGCAAUAAUGAUAAUGAAAAUGGUAAUACUAUUAGUAGUAGUAAAUCUAAUGAACUUCAAGAAUCAAUAAAGAAUGAUAAUAACAAUAACAAUAAUAAUAAUGGUAAUGAUCUACAAGAAGAAGAAGAACGAUAA